CUUCAGGGAGAAGUGGUGGGUGUUCAGACAGAACACAUGACUAGCUGGACGUCUGAUGGGAGACUUCCACUACACAAAAGAGGGUGUUCUGGUCCUUAUAUUUGGACAUCACAUGCUUUAUUGCAAACAAGUCAAACUGGAGAAGCCCUUUCCUGUUCUGAUGAAGCACUCGGGACUCCCUCAGAAUGCAGAGGAAACUCUGGAAACCAACCAAGAGAAACCAACAUCUUACACAGUCUCUGCCUUCAUUAAAAAGGAGCUCUUCUUUAAAAACCGACCCAAACCAAUCACCACUAAUGUACCGAAGAAAGUGUAGCCGAUUUCACAAUAUAACAGACUGACUGAUUGGCACAGACAUUCAGAAUCCAUACUUCUGUAAUCAUUUCUACUGCUGGAUUCAAGUAACCUCUUAACUGUUUGAAAUCACAAAGGAUGAAAAGUUGUCUCAUUGAGUAUUAAUACUAU